GCUCACUUCUCAGUCUCGCUUUUUGCUUCCUUUAUUUCUUUCUUCGGGACUUUGCUUUCCCUUAUUACUCCUUCAAAAAAGCUCAAACACGGUUCAAGAAAUCUCAGAAAGCUAGGAGACUUGCACAAUGCCUAAAACCAGUGUCAAGCAGAAACCCCGCCAGAGGAUCAAGCCGGCUUCACGUUCGCCUUUUGAGGAUGCUAGGGUUGUUCAGAAAGACAGUGAUGUAGAAAUGGAUGAUGAUUUGAGCGACGAUGGUGAUAAUAUUCCCGAAAAAGAUGAGGCAGAGAAGAAAUUGGAAAAACUACUAUUCGGCGACGAUGAGGGUUUUCAUGACGCUUUAAAGAGUCAGAAAGAGCGCAGUCUUAUGGCUCAUUCAAAUGGGAGUGACUAUAAGGGCUCUGACGCAGAGGACGACGAAAGUAGAGGCGAAGACCAAGCACUUGAUGAUGUUGCUGAUGCCGAUCUUUUCUUCCUUGAUUCUGGAGCUGGCCCCGUUUCUACCGACCUCGCCGAAUCUCUUGAACCACCUUCCGAAGCUGCAGAGGACGAUGGAGCAGAAAUCACAGCGGUGUGGCAUGAUAGCGACGAUGAUCUCCUCACUGUCUCUCUGGCAAGCCAGCAAAGGCUGAGAAAGCUGCGUGUCGCUGAGUCCGAAGACGUUGUUAGUGGAAAGGAGUAUGUUAAAAGACUUCGCCGCCAUUUCCAGCAGCUGCAUCCGACGCCAAAAUGGGCGAUCCCAGAGCAACAGAAAGGCCAUGGCGAUACUGACUCUGAGCGCGCGGAUGAUAUGGAUACAGAUGACGAGGAGCAGACUUCUGUACAACCUUUAGGUAAACUACUUCAAGGCGCCGCGGACCUAACUAAGCUAGAGGAUACACGCUCUGGCGGCAAGAGAAGGCUGCGCCAGGAAGUUAUCGACAUUCAAAGACUGAAGGAUGUCGGCAGAGAUCAACCAUCCUCGGUCGAUUCUCUUUCUUUCCAUCCGCAUUAUCCGUUGCUGCUGUCCUCGGGGCCUGCGGCCACCCUCUUCUUACACCAUAUUGCACCCUCUGCGCCUGCUCCCAAUCCUCUUCUUACGUCAUUCCACAUUCGCCGUACACCUAUUUACACAUCUGCUUUCGCUCCCCCUUCCGGUAAUAAAAUUUUCGCUUCGGGUCGCCGGCGAUACUUCCAUAUCUGGGACCUUGACACGGGAAAGGUCGACAAGGUCAACGGUACUGCUGACAGAAAAGAAGAACAGAAAUCCAUGGAAAGAUUCAAGCUUUCCCCUUGCGGGCGGUAUGUGGGGCUUAUUGGUACGUCGCGCAAGGGUGGUGGUCUCAUCAAUGUUCUGGAUUCGGGUACGGCACAAUGGAUUGCGCAGGUUCGCGUAGACGGCCAAGGAGGCGUUGCGGACUUUGCUUGGUGGGGUGAUGGCGAAGGUAUGACAGUCGUCAGCAAGAACGGCGAAGUGUCCGAAUGGGAUGGACGUUUAAAUCAAGUGGUGGCCCGCUGGAUGGAUGCCGGUGCAGUAGGCACGACAGUCCUUGCCCUUGGAGGACGUUCCGGACGGACACAGCUGGGAGGCGACCGCUGGGUUGCAAUUGGCAGUUCUAGUGGAGUUGUUAACGUCUAUGACCGUCGUGAAUGGGCCAUAGCAUAUGCAGCACAAGCCUCCUCGGCAGAUAGCGACUUUUCAGCCAUUCCACGUAACCCUGAACCUGUACGUGCAUUGGACCAGCUGACGACACCAAUCAGCCACGUGGUAUUUGCACCAGAUGGUCAGUUCUUUGUAAUGGCUAGUCGUUGGAAGCGGGAUGCACUGAGAAUAGUCCAUCUUCCAUCCUGCACAGUGUACCGUAACUGGCCCACGUCUAAUACUCCUCUUGGGCGCAUUUCGUCGGUAGCCAUCUCACCCAACUCCGAGCAGUUGGCCGUUGGCAACGAGCAGGGACGUAUUAGGCUAUGGGAGAUUCGAGGAUGAGCAACCAAGAAGUCCACUGAAAGAGAGGCAAAAUAUGAGAGUGUUAUGUAUAGCAAUAUAUAGUAUAUACUUGGAUAAAAU